UCGAGAUAGAAGAUGGCGGCGGCGCGUGAGGUCGGGUCCGGAGCGCUCCCGGCGCUGUCGCGGCUCCCGGUGCCGCGGGCCCGGGACAAGCGGCCCCCUUCGGGCCCCGGCGCCGAGGGGACAGCGGCAGGACCCCCCCGACAAAAACGGGCCCGGCCCGGCCCCGGUGGAGAAAGAGUUCCUCCCAGGGCCCCCCUCCGGGCGGUGGCGGCGGGAAAGAACGGCCACCCCAAAAAGGCAGCGACUGUUGUAGCUGCACCACGAGCGGGUCUCCCCUGGAAGGCGUCGACCGUUGCAGCUGCACCGCGAGCAGGAGCCCCCUGUGGACCCCCUGCCCCCCAAAAACGGCCCCCCUGGGACCUGCGGGGCCAAGUGGGGGACCUGCGGGAGGAGCUGGGAAAGGCCCGGGAGCGGCUGAGGGAGCUGGAGAGCCACAAACAACACCUGGAAUGUGGGAACCAGCAGCUCCAGGAGCGCCUGGCACAACUCCAGAGGGAGCUCAUGGAGCGGGAACGCCGAGAGAGCGACCUCAUCGCCACAGUAGGCUCCCUGGAGGUGCAGCUGGAGCGGAGCCGCUCCCUGGCCGAGGGUUUGGCUCUGGAAAAGCGGCGUCUGGAGGAGGAGGAGCAGCAGCGGCGCCGGGAGCGGGAUGAGGGCAGAGCUCGGGAGCAAGCACUGUCAGAAAACCUAGAGAACACAAAGGCUCACAUGGCGCAGAUCCAGGAGCAGCUGCAAAUGAAGCUGGACCAGAUGGCUGCGCUCCAGGAGGUGGAAAGAUCCCAAAAAUCCCUCCUGGAUCAGCAGGAAGAGCGGAUCCACCUGCUGGAGAUGGAGCGGCGCCGCCUCCACAACGACAUCCAGGAGCUCAAAGGGAACAUCCGUGUGUUCUGCCGCGUGCGGCCGGUGCUGCCGGAGGAGUCAGAGCGGCAGCGGGGGCUGCAGCACCUGCGCUUCUCCCCCCAGGACCCCAAAGCACUCGUCCUCACCCGGCCUGAUGAGGUGAGCAGGGUGCACCCAAAAAUGGCCCUCAAAAAUCCCUUUUUGCCCCUCUCAAAAAUGGCCCCUUCCAUAAAUGUUUUUUCUCCUCAAAAAUGUUUUUUCCCCUCAAAAAUCCCCUUUCUCUCUUUAAAAAUGUCUUUUCCCCCUCACAAAUUUCACUUUUUCCCCUCAAAAAUACCGUUCUUUCUCCCUCAAAAAUUCUGUUCCUUCCCCUCAAAAACCCCUUUUUUCUUCUCAAAAAUCCCUUUUUUCUUCUCAAAAAUCCCUUUUUUCUUCUCAAAAAUCCCUUUUUUCUCCCCUCAAAAAUCCUGCUUUUUCCCCUCAAAAACAUCCUUUUUCCCUUCAAAAAGGCCUUUUUGUGAAGCAAAAAAGGCCUUUUUGGGGGGGCAAAAAUGUCCUUUUUUGCCCCUGCUCCCCCUCCAACUCCCCUUUUUCCUCAAAAACAUCCAUUUUCCCCCCCCAAAAUUCCCAUUUUUUUCCCCACAGUCCCACGUGGGGCGGGAGCGGCGGCCGGAGCUGCGCUACGACUUCACUUUCGACCGUGUGUUCCCACCUGGAGCUUCCCAGCAGGAAAUAUUCCAGGAGAUCCAGCUACUUGUCCAGUCUGCCCUGGAUGGCUACCCCGUGUGCAUCUUCGCCUACGGGCAGACGGGAAGCGGCAAAACCUUCACGAUGGAAGGGCCGGAACCUCCGGGAGCCCCCGAAUCCCGCGGGAUGAUCCCGAGGGCCGUCCAGCACCUCUUCCAGAGCACCCACGACCUGGCAGGCAAAGGCUGGCAGUACCAUUUCUCAGCCAGUUUCCUGGAAAUCUACAACGAGUCCCUGCGGGAUUUGCUGCUUGUCAAAGGGCAGCGCGCGGCCGACCUGGACAUCCGGCGGGUCAGCCCCAACAGCGACGAGCUGCACGUGCCCAACCUCACCUGGGUGCCUGUGGAGACCGAGGAGGAGGUGCUGGAGCUGUUGCAGAGGGCAGGUUCGCAGCGCUCGGUGGCCCAGACGGGGCUCAACAACCGCUCAUCCCGCAGCCACUCCGUGUUCCAGCUGCGCAUCCGGGGGGAGCAGCGGGCACGGGACCUGCGCUGUGCCUGUGAGGGCCCCCCAUCCCUGCACUUCCCAUUCCCACGUUUCCCAGCCCCAAUCCAUCAUUUCCCAAUCACAAUCCUAGAUUUCUUGCCCCCUAUCCCAGAUUUCCCAGCCCCCAAUCCCUCAUUUCCCAACCCUUACCCCAGAUUUCCCAGCCCCAAUCCCACGCUUCCCAACCCCUAUCCCACAUUUUUCAACCCCAUUCCAGAUUUCCCAGCCCCAAUCUGUCAUUUUCCAGCCCCAAUCCCACCCACAUUUCUCAACCCCCAGCCCAGAUUUCCCAACCCCAAGAUUGGAUUUCAUGCCCCUUAUCCCACAUUUCGCAGCCCCCAUCCUGCAUUUCCCAACCCCAAUCCAUCAUUUUCCAUCCCUCAUCCCAGAUUUCCCAAUCCCACAUUUCUCAACCCCCAGCCUGGAUUUCCCAACCCCAAUCCCACAUUUACCAAUUCCAAUCCUGGAUUUCCUAAUGCCAAUUCUGCAUUUUCUGCCCCUUAUCCUACAUUUCCAAGCCCCAGUCCCAGAUUCCCCAUUCCCACAUUUCCCAGCCCCAAUCCCACAUUUCCUGCCCCAAUGCCUCAUUCUCUGCAUUCCCAUUCCCAGCCACCCUGA